GGGAACUUAGAGCCCUCGGGCCCUUCCCAGCCCGUGGAAACUGUUCACAAGGACUGGGAAUUGCUGGUAGUCAUGUGGCCUGAUUUUUAAGUGUAAAAUAAUGUGAGGUGACCGGCCCACGGGGGUUCCCUAGUGUCCUGCUGCCCGCCCUCCUCCCUGAGAGCUAAUCACCGGGGUCUGAGUACCCUCCCCGCACUUCAGCAAGUUCAGAUGUCCCCACACAGAGGAACUUACGUGCCAACGAAUUUGCUCCUUGAGGCCGUUUUAAGCAGAGUGGUGUUGAGGCUUUAGUUUUCUUUCUGUCUUUCUUCUUUUUCUUUUUUCUUUUCUUUUCUUUCUGUUUUAUUUAUUUGAGAACAUGAGGGGCAGAGGGAAGGAAGAAGCCGACUCCCCGCUGAGCAGAGAGCCCAAUUGGGGGGGGGGCUGGAGCCCAGGACCCAGAGAUCGUGCGUGACCUGAGCCAAAGGCAGACGCUUCACUGACUGAGCCCCCCCCCGCGUGCCCCAAGGCUUUAGUUUUCAAACAACCUAAGAAAAGCACCUGGGAGGGGAACCUAGCUCAGACCCUACUUUCUACCACUUGAUGAUGACAGGCCUUCAGGGUUAGGCUGCUGCGUUCUGGGUACAAAGAACUUCCUUUACGCUCUGUCUAGUGGGGAGGGCCCUGCAUUAUCAUGAAUCUACCCCAAAACCUUCAAGGCAGGCCGGAUAUCCCCAUUUCACACGCUGGGAAGCUGGUUUGCAGGAGGAGACCUGCACCCGGGAUGUCUGAUGACAAAGGCUUAGCUGGGAUGUGUCCUCCCCUGCCCCCUCCGUCCCUGUCCCCAUCUAGGCCGAGAACUUCCUGCGGACCAUGGAGACCUGGAGCCGACCUCUGGGCUUCCCGCCGGAGGAGGCCGACCCGGACUCCUGGGCGCCAGCCAGCCCCGAGGCUUCCCCGCACCCAGUGGCUGAGACCCCACAGCCCUCUGGGCUCCGGGGGCCCCCCUUCGAAGAUGUCCUGGCUGCAAGGUCCUCAGACUGGCUCAGGCAGCUCUCCAGAGCCGACGCUGCCCCCGUCCCCCAGCCGGACACGCAGCCCUCCUGGGACUCCGAGCCCCGGUUCUGGCAGGGUGUUCUCACCGAGCAGCUCUGGCAGAUCUUUGCAGGGACCCACAAGAAGGACCAGCUGCAACUCAGGAGAGAGCCAGGACCCAGGACCACACGACUUGGGACUGGAACCACGUAGCGAAGACACUCUGGUGCCCAGCCCACUCGUGCCCUCCCCCAGCUCCCCCGAGGGCUCCCAAGAAGGGAGCACAGAGCCAGGCCCUGAAGCAGAGGGGAUGCUCUCCCCCAGUGUGGCCCAGGAACCUGCUGGGAGAGCCUCGUUCCUGAAGCCCAUAUGCUGGGACCCUGAGGACUUCGAGGACAUGUGGAAGAGACCAGAUGCCUUGCCCUGGCGGUCCAAGAAGGCGGCCAACCCACAUGGAGCGGAGAAGAUACUGACGCUAAAGCACGGGGAGCCGGUGCUGGCCACAGCUGUCAGCAGCUUCAUGCGACACGCGUUCACCUGCGGCCGGGGUGGUGUCAAAGUGUGGAGCCUGGUCGGCCAGGGGCUGGAGGACCGGUAUCCUGAGAGCCACCUGUCUGUACAGACCCGCCAGGCCUACCUGUGCACCUGCCUGUUGUCCCCAACCAGCACGACCCUGCUGACGGGCGGCCAUAACCUAGCCAGCGUGAGUGUGUGGGACCUGACCGCGCCCUCCCUGCGCGUGAGCCACGAGCUGCCCUGUGCAGGCCUCACCUGCCAGGCCCUGGCCUCCGGCCCCGAGGACACCCUGGCCUUCGCUGGCUUCACGGACGGCACAGUCAGGGUCUGGGACCUGCGGGACCAGAGCGUUGUCAGGGACCUGCUGGGCCCCCCGAAUGGAGCCAAGAGCAUUGCUAUCAAAGACCAGAACAUCUGGACGGGGGGACUGGACACCUGCCUGCGGUGCUGGGACCUGAGGACCCCUGGGAAGCCCCUGGAAUACCAAUUCGAGUCUCAGAUAAUGAGCCUAUCCCCGAGUCCCCAGGAGGAUUGGGUGCUGGUGGGCACAGCCAAUGGCCAACAGUGGCUGCAGCCCACCCAAGGGGGCCAGAAGCACAUGGUGGGCUGUAAGGACGGCACCAUCAUGGGUCUCAAGUUCUCUCCACUUGGCCAGUGGUGGGUGAGCGUCGGGAUGGAUGACCUGGCCAGCAUCUACAGUAUGCCUGCGGGGACCGUGGUGUUCCAGGUACCCGAGACCUCCUCCGUCCUGUGCUGUGAUGUGUCCCUCAACAGCCGCCUGAUGGUCACGGGGUCCAAGGACCAUGCGUCGGUGUACCAGAUCACCUACUGAGGGUGGCACGCUCGUCCUGACUCAGGGUCCUUUUGUCGUCCUUUUCCCCCAACAAGGUGGAGGGGUUUCUUUCCCAUCCCACAUGUAGUAAAGCAAUUGGAAAAAGCA